CGAAAGCGCCCUCAAAAGAAGUUCAGGUCCGAUCCGAUAGUGCAGUCGAGUAAUAUGAUGGGUGAACAGGUGGUCCCUCUCGCUCCCUCACUGUCGGGUCUUUACUGGAUCUACGUCUUAAAUUGCUGUCUGACGCUGCCAACUUGAUGACGAGAGUCUUCCCACUGGUUGCAACAGAGGUUAUGGCUAGCAAAUUUACACACACGAUGAAACUUUACUUUCGUGCGUAAGCGAUUAUGGCGAAAUAAAACAAAAGAUCGACGGCAAAAAAGCCCGUAAGAACUAACUUGCUUAUAGGAAGAUUCAAUUAAGGUUGCUUGGUCCGUAUAGGCGAAUGUCUGUGUAAUGACGUCGCAUAGAAGCAACUACUAUGAAACAACUUCUGCAGUCAGUGAGCUCAUGCUAAUAGUUUCCAAGGCUAUAUUGAGGUGGUCGUUUCCUCUAUUUAUGUUAUGAUCCGUCUUCGAUGGCCCUAAAAAAAUAUCACUUCUGAUUCAUUGUGAUCUACGUAGCCCCAUGGAAUGACAGAAAAGGAUUUGUGAACACAAAGCUCAGAAAGAAGUCCCGAUCGUGAAUGCAGCGCGCGACACGGUUGCUUCUUCCAGCAAGUGAUCCGUCCGUCGUCCGUGAACGGGAUUGUUGUUUAUUCUGUCUUCAGAUCGAAUUUUAUCGAAUUUAUAAGAUCAAAGCCGGGGUGCUAUUAUAUCAUACAUUAGACACGACGAAAAAUCGAAAACAUCAAAAGCGCUUUCUAAGCAACAGAACAUUCUGUCGAAAUGGCCGAAUGUUGUAUUCCAAUUCGUUACCUGGUUUCGCUAAUGGUGUUCUUCGCAUUCGUGCUAGACCAAGCCCUGCGUUCCUGCUUGAGCAUCACAGUACUCGUCAUGGUGAAUCGGACGCAUGGUGCACAACCUCCGUUCCAUGGCCCAGUUACACACAUGAAAUUCUUUGAGUCAGCGAGGUACCCACAAAACAGAACUUCUCUCGGUGACUCACGUAAUUGGAACACAACCACCCAAGGCUGGGUUCUGAAUUCGGUCUACAUUGGAAUUCUUUUUUCACAGUUACCAGCUGGCCACCUAGUGGAAUCAUUUUCCCUGAAAUGGGUUUUAGGUUACGGUGUUUUCUUUAUGUCAUUACUCCAGUUUGUAUCGCCUCUAGUCAUCUCUUGGAGUGUUUGGGCGUUUGUUGCACUCCGAAUCGUUGCAGGCCUAUGCAUCGGUUCAGCUUUUCCAAGUGCCAACGCUUUGAUGUCACGAUGGAGUCCGGUACACGAACGUACCUUACUAAUUACGCUGGCCACGUUGGGUUACGGUGUUGGAGCUACUGUGACAAUGUUUAUAGCUGGCCCGCUGUGCAAACAUUUUGGUUGGGCAUCUGUAUUCUAUUUUUUUGGUGCGUGCGGUGUCAUUUGGUCUUUGUUGUGGUAUGUUUGUGUUGCAAGUUCUCCAGAGAAACAUCGUUGGAUUUCUGAAGAAGAGAGAAUAAUGACACUAGCCAAUAGAGACGGCAAUUUUGACCAGAAUCGUCACAUUCCUUGGAAGGCGAUUUUGACAUCUGGCCCCACCUUGGUGUUUUGCAUUCGGACGUUUUGUAGUAUGGUAUUCGGUACAAUCUUCUCAACGUAUACGCCAAUUUUCCUCGACCAUAUGUACAACAUAGACCUCACAGUGAAUGGAUGGAUCAACGGUAUAUCGAACAUGUUGUCGGCUAUCGUUGCACUCAUUUGUUCGAUUGUGGCUGAUCGCCUCCUUCAAAGCGGUUACUCAAUUAACAAAGUACGGAAGACAUUUUCAACUUUAUCGCUGAUGCUUCCCGCUUCUAUUAUGCUUCUCCUAGCUCAGUUGGAAGCCGAUGUCCGCUUAGUGGCAGGUCUAAUCAUUUUUGCUAGUACUCUCUGGGGUCUGUAUGGAGGCAGUGACCCUGCCCUGCCAAUUGAUCUCACGGCGGAGUUCUCAGGGGCUGUGAGCGCCGUAGUAAACACUUAUGCCAAUCUCGCUGCUGUUUUGACUCCAAUCAUCGUCGGGUGGUUCCUCGCAGACCAGGAGAACUUUUUCCGUUGGAACGUGAUUUUCGAAACAGGAGCCUUCACUGCGAUGCUGGGUGCCGGCAUCUUCCUCGUGUUAGGCUCAGCUUCAAGACAGAACUGGCCCACCUCUUCAGAGGAUGAAGCAGCGCCUUUGCUCGUUGAUCCAUUGUAGAAAUUUGGUAAGGCGUAUUUUUUAACGCGUUUACUAUUACGGAUGCAGCUGUGAUAGCGAAAUUGAUGUUUUACAGUAAACAGCAUAAAAUGUUCUGCUUAUUGAAAACUUCUUCUUACGGUAAUUCCCUUGAGUAGUUAUGUCGUAUCUGUAUCCGGCGCUCGAGGCAGAAACGAUGUUCUUACCAUUGUGCCAACUGAAGGUUGCUGAUCAUCGCGAAGAAUCCUUUUGUUACUUACUUUGUUACUUGUGUACUUACUGUGGUUUAGCAUAAAAAAAAUUCGAAAUCAGCAUGCGCCGGAAUUUUACCAGCCAGUACAGAACUCAAGGGUAACAGCAUUUUUAUUUAUAGUUAUUAUUAAAAAAAAUAUUAAAAGAAAAAACUAAAUAGUUGACCGAUACAAGUUAAUGAAGUGAAUUAUAAGAUUUUGAAACAUUCCAGUAGCUUGUUAGUUCUAAUAACAAGGUAGAUUAGGGUUCUAUAUUAGGUUAACAUAGAAGCUCUUGUUUCGUCAAAAAUAUUCAUAUAUUAUGUCAAUAUAAUACGCGACUAAGAAUUAUUAUUAUUAUAGCGCAAUGAUCCUAAUGUAUUGUUUAAUUUUGGCUUAAAUAGUUAUUAGAUCCGCCAUUUCUUACCGCCAUAAAUUAGAUAUAAUCACUAAUAUAUAAUAAAUGAGUAUAGUGCAUGUCAGAUCGCUAAAAUUAAUUAGUGCAUGGCUUUUAUACAUGACGGCGCCAAUCUUAGCCCGAUUCAUUUUUUGCACCUCCCACCAAUCAUGAAACUAGAUAGGUUUGAUGACAGUACAUUCGGGUAUUAGCAUUCGCUGAUCAGCUGUUUGCCUCUUGUAUACACAUGUAUUGUACAAAAGUAUUAUUUUCUGAUAGACAAAUACAUUGAUAAUGAGGGAAACUUUAUUCAACAGUUAUAUUUUAUAGAACGAGCCUAGUGAAACCUAUUGGUACUUGGUCAACGGAUGUAAUAAUUUCCUACAUUGUAAUCAUUUGCUAAAUGCGAAUUAGAAAAAGAAAAUUAUACACUCAAAUGAACCGAAUGUACAUCCACAUUUACUAGACUUAGAUCCCGUCAGAUGGUAUUAAUACUCACAAUAUACCUUUUCAGUUGGAGUAAGAUUUUCAUUCACCGCAUCGCAUUGCGCACAAUCAAACAUUAUACAUUCUAAAUGUCCGAAGAUGUUAUAACAAACGGCUAAAUAGUUAAAAUUAUGGACUACUACUAUUGUUAUUAUAAUGUGAUAUAACAUUAAUAGAGAUAUAUAUACAACCACUCAACCGAAGAAUUGUUUCACUGGAGUGUCAUUCCUAUUUACUUAUUAAGGGAAAUAUGUCUACAGUUUAUUUGCUAUUACUAGUUUAUGUAUAUGAAGCGAGGUCAGUAGAUUCAAUAUGCCUAACACGAUACUUUUGGGAAAACGAGGGUUAAUCAAAACUAAGUUUAUACUUAAUAGUUUAAAAGGCUUUGUUGAGAAUAGGCUCGGAAGUAUCUUUAGCAUCUACUAAGAUUCUAUUCAAUUUAAUAGGUGUUCACGUAUUAACAAAAAUAACCAUGUGAUGCAUGGAACUAUGACACAAAAUGCAUACAUGUAAAUACGUAGGGAAAGAAGGGUUCAUAUUAUUAUCAUGUGAGCACCUGACUGAAAUGAAAACAAAUCUUUACAGCAACGAAACAAACGAUUUACAGCGAUUCAAUGUCAUGAAAAUAAGACUGCUGUCAUUUAUAAGAAAAAAAGAGAAGAGAAAUAAACACUGCUAAUGAAUUAGGGCGAACGAACAGCUGCGGCUUUUCUUUAGAGUUGCAUCUGUCUAAUAAAAGGCCUCAUUCAACCGGUUAUUAGUCAAUUUGCCCGACUAUCACAAGAAGCCUCUACUCCCAUUAACGUAAAAUACAGGUAUUUCUUGUUAUACAUUAUGCUAAGAAUCUCAGCUAUUACAUAUCGUUAAUCUUUAGUCAGUGCCAUAUAUGGCAUUGACUUCGAACAUUCUAUCACCAGUAACAAUCAAAGUAAAUCGUUCUCACCCAAACAAGGUAAUCGAAUUAUUCUUAUUUAGUCAGCAUCUGUUUUUCUUUCAAAAACCAACUUUCAACAUUCAUGUAAAAGAAUUGAUACCGUAACCUGGUUAUAAGGUUCCCAAGCUAACAACUUUAUUCAAACCGUUCACGGGUUUGAAUAAAGCUUUAUGCAUACGAGUCCGCAGAAUAUACUAAAUGAUUACCAUUCUUGUGAAAUUUCUGAUUGUCAAAACAUUUUUCUCACAUUACUGAGUGUAUCUAGCUGAACAGUGCACAGCCAGUUUGUUCCAGCCUUCUGUAAUGUAUGUUAGUAUUCACAUAGUGCUGAUUUACUUAGGCCACCAUUGCGAGUUGUGAGAGAAGUGUUGCAAUCGGACUUCUUCCCUAAACAACUGCAUCGUCAUAAGCUAGCUCAAUACAAAUAACCAAAGCAGCUAACAAAGAAAUUCAAACUUUCGAACAUCACUUGCCAUUACUGUUUGUCUAGUCCAAGCCUACUAAUUCGACGGGGUAGGAUAUCGCUGCGCGAAACAACGCAAAGCAAUUUAGUAAUCGUUACAUGGCGAUUAUGGUUAGGGUACCGCAAUGCUCGAUACAUGCAACACAGCUUUGCCCUGUUUUCCCACUAUGGACGGCGUUGCUGGACGUUGAGCUGUAUGGGUCCCGUUCGUUCCUUAGCAAGACUGCUGAUGUGUGAGCGCAUAGUUCUUUUUGGCAACCCACCCGAUGGAUUUCUUGUAGUUCGUCCGCUUUUGAAGAACACCUCAGUAGUUCCUCCGUCUACAGCAGUCGUCAGCCAUUUUCGAAACUUCAUGUUGCUGUAUUAGAUACGACCCAAGUUCCACGGCGCUUAACGACUUGAUCUUUCGAGCUAAUCAAAGAUCGAUUAGUGCUUAUACAUGUUCACAGCAAUCACUACGUAUCGGUGCCGAGCCAUUUCUCAACUCGGCAAACUCACAAUGCUGAAGCAGAAGUAAUGGGUCUGUGUUGCAGUGAGUGUAGUUCUGGCUGGCGAAAGAGAUAGGUGUGCCACCGUGACAAGAAAUGAUGGAGAGGAUAAAGAGAUAUUUCGAAUCCUAAUUGAAAUUUGGGAGAAUUUUCGAGAUUUAAUGGUAUUGACAGCUUAAUGGGUAUUGACAAUUUGCAUUUACAUUGUUUUGAACAACUCGAGCAUGGAAGGAGCUCAACAACCGAUUACGAAAUCGGUUUCUUUUUACCAGUGGCGAGCAAACUCUAAGAAAUUCUGAAUGCCUUUACCGUCAUUUACAAUCGUGUUUCUAUUGUGUUAUUAACAUACUGUGUAAUGUGUUUGGCUGUUUGUUCCCAUUAUAACGCUAGUAAGGUACCAAGCGUCGGCGUGUUUUGUUUCUUCUAUCCGUUCUUGGUGUUACUUUAGUGCGAUUUGAAAUCCUAAAGCUGUUUCCUGCGUCUCACAAAGGACGCUGAUAGGCACACCGGAAAUGCGCAAAUGAGCGUCACAAUUCCACUGUUAAAGCAAUACUUACAAGGAUCCUAGCCCAGACAUGAAUAGAAAAUUUUUAUUCGAAGGCAGCUAAACUUAAUGAGGCGCAACGAGCAAGAUAGGCGUGACGUACACCAUGCCGCGGACAUUUAUGUGGGGACCGUUAAUAUGAAUGCUGAUUGCGGGCUAACCUACUGUGUAAACCGAAGAUUUAGCAUUUGUGAAACAAGCUCAAGGAACAGCUCUUUCUAUUAGAAAGUGCAUAGGAGGUUCCGCUAAGCUUAAAGGCUAGGUUGAGGAGCAUUUGAAAAGUGGAACUAUUAUUAUAAUUAUUUGAAAAAGAAUAGCACUAGGUCUCACUCAUUAACAAAAUGCUCAACACGAGUUGGCGUCUAAAUACAACAGAUCUUCCUGUUCCAUUCAUUAACUGAACAAUUAAGACAGUAAGGCCAUCACCUCUAGGGGAACGGUUGUUAUCCUCGAAGCUUUACAAUAAGCCUUUGACACUUUUUGGCAAAAGAAGGCCAUACAAUUAUUCCCCCGAAAAUGAGCAGCUAUUGAUAUGAGUUGAAUGGUCAGCAUCUAAACGGCGAUUUCUCAGGGAAAAUGCCCACUCCACUGUCUCUAAUUUUUUCGUUAUCAGCAAUUUGUCUUGAUUAUUCAGACAAUAAGUGUUUCGAAGAUCAAUCGUGACAACGCUACCGUUAGCCACCUCUUGUCGUCAAUUGUUUAUUGUAAACAGCAGCUGUGCAGUGAAUGCGGCACUAACAAGCUUUCGUAUUUUCGUAGAACGACCUGCCCGUAAUGAUCUUAGAGUAUAUACUCACUUUUCUCAUUUACAGUAUAUCUGCUAUGUAACGCUCAAACAAGCUGCUCUUCGACUGUUUGCCAUUGUCGAUAAUCGCCUUAGCGUUAAAAAAGAAAUCCACCGUUACGACUCAGUGUCUACGACAGUUGUUCGUUUGCAGCUCAUUGUUUAACCUAACAUAAUACGGCAUUACAUUAAAGGUAUUUUUGAAAGGCAGUAAAAGGCACGCCAGUUUUUGCAGAUUAAACGUUUACAAGUCCUGACGAUUCGAAGAACUCUCUAUGCUCUAAAAUUUCAAUGGCGUUCGCGUUUCUAUUAUUCCUUCU